GCAGGUGAUCCCGGAAGUGACAACAUCCCGGAACUGCUCUUUUUUUGUCUCCAGGGUAACGGGCGCUGGAAGCGGAAUUGGGUAAAGCUGCUGUCAGCGUGGAGUGGGUUCAGGACGCGUUUGAAAGCCCAAGGAACACGUUCUGCCCGACUUCCGUGCGGGACGACAGAUACUUUAUUGUAUAUGUGAUGAGUAAACGGAAGAGUAAGGACUUGAGCCUCCCUCUUGGAGAAUGUAUUUCUCAGGUGCAAGCACACCUGCGGAACAGACUAUUGCAGCAAGCCCACCAUGGAAAGAGAUGUGGGGUGGAUUCUCAGCAUAAGCACUUAGUUGAGCUUCUGAAGAGAACAGUGAUUCAUGGGGAAAGUAAUUCUGCGCUGAUCAUUGGUCCCAGGGGAUCCGGAAAGAGCAUGUUGUUACAGGAUGCUUUGGAAGAGAUACUUGCCAUAAAAGAAAUUAAGGAGAAUGCUUUGCAGGUUCAUCUGAACGGUCUUUUACAGAUUAAUGACAAGAUUGCUUUAAUGGAAAUUACCAGACAAUUACACCUAGAGAACGUAGUUGGAGAGAGAGUAUUUGGCAGCUUUGCAGAAAAUCUUUCCUUUUUACUUGAAGCCUUAAAAACCGGUGACCGUACUAGUAGUUGCCCUGUGCUGUUUAUACUAGAUGAGUUUGAUCUGUUUGCCCAUCAUAAGAACCAGACGCUGCUUUAUAAUCUGUUUGAUAUUGCACAGUCAGCACAGACUCCUGUGGCUGUCAUCGGGCUCACAUGUCGACUGGAUGUCAUGGAGCUCCUAGAGAAGAGGGUAAAGUCUCGCUUUUCCCACAGACAGAUUCAUGUGUUGAACUCCUUCAGCUUCUCGGAGUACCUGCGGGCAUUUAAUGACAUCCUGUCUCUGGCUCCUGCCUUUCCUGAUGCACAAUUUGGAGAGAAAUGGAAUACAAAUAUUCAGAGUCUCCUGGAAAAUAAAACUGUUGAGGAUGUUCUUGAGAAGCAGUUUAAUGCUACGAAAGACCUGCGAUCACUUCACAUGCUAUUGCUGCUGGCUUUAUGUGGCGUAAACCUAUCUCAUCCUCAUCUGAAUGCUGCUGACUUUGUGGAAGCCCAUAGACUCCGCAGCUUGGAUUCAAAAGUGAAUAUAUUGCAUGGUUUGUCUGUUCUGGAAAUGUGUCUGGUAAUCGCCAUGAAGCACUUGCAGGACACUUAUAAUGGGGAGCCAUUCAAUUUCCAAAUGGUCCACAAUGAAUUUCAGAAGUUCAUUCAGAGAAAAGCUCAUUCUAUCUAUAACUUUGAAAAACCUGUGGUCCUGAAGGCAUUUGAACAUUUGCACCAGUUGGAGCUGAUCAAACCAAUGGAAGGUCUCUCCAUCCGGACACAAAAGGAAUACAGACUUAUGAAAUUGCUGCUUGAUAAUUGCCAAAUAUCAGAAGCUCUUCAGAAGUAUCCCAAUUGUCCAACAGAUGUAAGACAGUGGGCCAUGUCCUCGUUGAGCUGAGAUGCUUAAUUUUCUGGUUUAUUUUUUUUCUUUUGUGCUAUAAUUCUACUUGCUAUAAAAUUAUAUAUUUUUUCAAA